AUGAGUGAGAAUAUAGAAAAUGCCAGAGAUGAUAAUGAAAAUGAAGAUAGGAAUGAAGAUAGUAAUAAUAUUUUUUUGUAUAAUAACGUAAUAAGUAACGAGGGUGGUGAUUCAUGCAAUGUAUUAUGUUUAUUUCUUUUUUUCCUUUCCUUAUUUUUUAUUAUGAUUAUGAGUGCUGAUAAUAAUACUGCACAUACAUUUGCAAGCACAGCAAACAACAACAAUAAUAAUAGUAAUAAUAAUAUUAAUAGUAAUAAUAAUAAUAAUAGUAACAGUAAUCAUAAUAACAAUCAUAGCAAUAUUAAUAAUCAUAGUAGUUAUAAUAAUAAUAAUGAUGACGAUCCUUCUUUUAAAUAUCAAAACAGUGAUUACAUUUAUAAUGAUAACUUUAAUGAUGAUGAGUUCCUAAAAAACGAAGAAAAUGAUAAGGUUAUGAACGAUAUGUUAGAUAAUAUAUUAAUACAAUGCUUACAUUUUAAAGGAGUUUAUAAAAUAAAAAAUAAGAAAAAUAAGAAAAAUAACAUAAAAGAAGAUAUCAUGUUUGAUAUAAUUGAAGAAGACAAAAAUAAAGAUAUAGAAAAUAUAAAUUCUAAAAAAAAAAUAAAAAAUAAAAAUGAACAGAUUUCUCAUGGAACGCUAGAAGCUAAAUUGGUUACCUUAAAAUUAGCACUUAAUAAUAUUACAAAGUCUUAUAUAUUUUUUUAUUUUAAUCCUUAUGAUAAUAAAAAUAAUAAUGAUAAAAUAUCCAUAAGAAAUGAUAUUCCUAAGCAAUAUAAAUAUAUAGGAUUUAAUGGCAUAAAUAUAAAUAAAGAAAAUAGAUAUAUUUUUAAUGGUCAGGGGUAUAACAUCUCAACUUUUUGUCAAAUAAAAAAUGAUAUAAAAAAAAAGAAUGAUACAUAUAAAUAUGGAUAUACAAAUAUAUAUAAUAAUAAUAAUAAUAAUAAUAAUAUUGGAGUAAAUGAUAAUUGCCUUUGUAAUUACACCAUAAAUAUUAAUCAGUAUAUUAAUAAAUAUGAAUCAGUAUCUUUAAGAGAAGUUGAUGAAUCCUAUCUAUACUCUCUCAAAGGAUAUAUCCUAGAUGAACAAGAAUAUUAUAAAAAUUUUUUACAAAAUGAAUAUAUCAAACUUUAUAAAAAUUACAUUGAUAAUAUACAAAAAUAUUAUCAUACACAUUAUAUGGACAAGGAAAAUAUUUUACAUGCACAUGAACUGGGAAAUAUAAAUCAAGAAAUUAUAAAGAAUCAAUCCAAAUUAAAAGAUUUGAAAGAAAAUAAUAAAGAAAUAUCUUAUGUCACUUUAAAAGAUGUAAAUCAAGAAAAUGGUAGUAUGCUUAAUGAUAAUAUUCAAAAUGGAUAUGCUUCCAAAGUGGUUAAUAGUAAAAGGACUACUACAAAUAAUAAUGAGGAUAAUAAUAAUAAUAAUAAUAAUGAGGAUAACCAUGUUUAUAUUAAUGAGGAUAACCAUGUUUAUAUUAAUGAGGAAAACCAUUUCCAUUUUAAUGAUGAUCAUAAUGGUGCUACCAAUACACACUAUGAUGGAUAUAUAUAUUCCAACAACUGUAAUUUACUCAUUUCCUUUGAAGGUAUAGACAUUGAUAAAAAAUAUAUUUCAAGAAAAGUUUUGAAUUUCUCAGUUAUAUUUAAUAUAAAAUCUAUUAUAGAAAUAAGCUUAUUCUGGAGUCAGAUAGGAACGAGUGGGUCGAUUCCAGGAGCAUCUAGAAUUUCUUUAAUAUCCAUAUGUUUAAAUUCUCUUAUAGAUAUUUUUGAAUCAUUAUUAAUUUUAUAUGAAAUAUUAUUAUCAAAAUUAUUAUUAAUACAUUUUAUUUUAAUGAUAUUAUUAAAAUUUUUAUUAUUUACUAUAAUGGAAGUUAGAUAUGUCCUAAUUGUAUGGAAAGCUAAUCAUCAACAUGAAAUAAAUGAAGGAUGGGAAUACAUGCAAAGGAAAUUAAGUAAAUUAUAUAAAUAUUAUUAUGGUAGUAUUUUUUUAUUAAUUCUUAUAUUUUAUUAUGUAUUCCCUAUAUUCCCAUAUAUCUUAUUAAUCUUAUAUUUAUGUUGGUUACCACAAAUACUAUUAGAUAUAUGGAGAGGACAAAGAAAUUCCAUAGAUAUUAAAUUUGUUUCUAUAUUAUCAUUAUGUCGUUUAUAUUUACCUAUUUAUAUUUAUUUAUAUCCACAUAAUAUUUUCGAGUUAGAUACUUUCUCUCAACUUAUAGAUACAUCUAAUGUUAUGUUUAGCAUACUUAUAAUUUUUAUUAUAUUCAUACAAUUAAUCUAUAUGUUCUUACAAAGAAUUUAUGGACCUAGAUAUUUUGUUAAUAUAGAUCUAUUACCACAUGUUCAUAACUAUUAUAAAACUAUAGAUGUCAAUUUUGAAGCAGGAAUACCUGAAUGUGUUAUAUGCAUGUAUGAUAUUAUAUUAAAACCAAACAAAUAUUGUGUAACUCCAUGCUAUCAUAUUUUUCAUGAAAAGUGUUUGCAACAGUGGAUGGAUAUCAAACUGGAGUGCCCAACGUGUCGUGGCCCCCUCCCGAAUUUUUCGUGA